CAAGAGUUCGAAGAGCAAAAGCAAACCAAAGAAUUCGAAAUUAUCGACCAUUAUAACUCGAAACUGAGAGAACCUGCUCAAUUCACGGCACGACUGGAUCAAGAACCUUACAAGUAAAUGGAUGCUGAUCCCAUCAGACAGACUGACGAUGACGACAUUUUCGAUUUUGCAAUGGCCCUCGUGCAGAAUAGAACCAUCGAGGAAUGCUACGAUCUCCUGGAUAGAAUCACAAGUGAAUCUAUCAACGCAAGAGACUCUCAGGGUUACACUCGGCUCGAAUGGGCCACAGCGUUUUCCAGACGUGAUUUUCGCAGCUAUUUGAUCACGAAAGGAGCCACGCCAACGGGCAAUCAAUUCCAUCGCAACGUACUAUUCAUCGCGCUCCAGUACGUCAAUCAAAACUGGAACGAAACACUGGACGGCUUUUCUCCCGAAACGAUUGAUUUUAGCGGAGCCAAUGCGAUGAACGACACGGCCUUGCAUUUGGCCUUGUACGGAGCCAAAUGGGGUUUUGUAACUGCCAUUCUCGAUCAACCUGAAAAUGACGAGGUCAACACGGUCAAUUCUUCGGAGGAAACGCCGCUGCAUUUAGCCGCGAAAUCCAAAUGCGGAAUAAGGACAUUCGAUGAAAUAGUACGACGAACGACGAGGGAUAAGAUCAAUGCAUUCGACGCAUACGGUUACACUGCACUCCACUGGGCAGCAGCUAGCGAACGAUCGGCGAAGAAGAUUCAAUCGCUGUUGGAUAAAGGAGCCGAUGUCAACGCUCAAGACAAAGGCGACGGAAAUACAGCUCUCCAUUUGGUGUUAAUGAAGAAAUCGAUAACUGGCGCUGAGCAAUUGCUGAAAUGCGACAACUUGGACGUGAAUGUGAAGGCAACACGCAGGUGGACGGCACUACAUCAGGCUGCCGCAUGGAGCAAUGUUCCAGCUGACUUGUUUAAGAAAAUCCUUCAGAAAUCUUGCGACGUCAACGCAAAGACAAUUUUGGGAAGAACUGCUCUCCACUUGGCACUGCGCAAAAGAUCGGCCACUGCCACCGAUGAGCUUUUGAGCUGUGGGUACAAUCAGAAGGGUCCAGUCGUGAACGUGGACGUUGGCGAUGGCCACGGGAAAACGGCUCUGCACUACGCUGCCCAGUGGCCCGACAUCCCGCCGCCUCUUUUCAACGCGAUUCUAGAUAACACAAUCGAUUUAAACGCCAAAGAGAAAACAAGGGGAUUGACGGCUCUUCAUUUGGCCAUCGACGCUCAAUCGGAAACUGCCAUUACUCAACUGCUCAAACAUGAAAAAGUGGACGUCAACGUCGAGGAUAACCAAAAGCGAACAGCGACUCAUUUGAUGGAUUCGUGGCCGGACAUGCCACCCGAUUUACAUUUACUUAUGAACAUUCGGCUUCAAAAAUUGAACGAUACUCCCGAUCACGAACACUCCAUCGGCCAAGACGUGUCUGUUGACACUGACGGCAAAUUGCGCAAACAAGACGCGAAUAAAGAAGAGGAAGACGAUGACGUGGCAAGACAAGAACCUAACGAAAGGAAUGAAUUGGCAAAAUCCGUCAACCAAACGGAAUCCCCGAGCAAAACAAUUGCCGUGGAAGAAAACGAAUUUCGUCAACUAUGCGCUCUCGACCAACUCAACGAACGAAAAUCUGAAGCUGGUCCAGAACGUUCACUUAGCCAACUCGUUUCCUUCAGUACAUUGGGUUUGAUUCCCCUAUUCUUAAUACCGCUUGCUGCAAUCAUUUUCGCUACAAUGAAAUAAUAAAAGAGUGUCCAAAAUUG